AUGACAUACAUGGAGGAUGUUGGUGUAGCCCACUUGACUGUGCAUCAAGUGAGCCCGAGUGAUUCAGGCGACUAUCAGUGUGUGGUUGUUGGUGAAGUGAUUGAAGCGAAGACAGGUGAACGUUCUGUGAAGACGAUUAUGUCAACAUCACAUGUUACUAUUGAAGAACUCCCUGAAGAAGUAACUAUACCUCUGGAGGUUAGUGAACCAAAACAACCAGUAUGUACUACAGUGGAGCCAGCUGAUUUGUAUUUUGUAAAACCCAUUUCACAAGAAUUUCGUGAAGUCUCUGGACAGGAGAAACAACUUGAACUGGAAUGCCAAUUUCAAGCUGAUUUGAAACCAGUUGAAGUACAAUGGAAACUAGACGGAAGGAGUUGA